UAAGUCAUUUAAUUAUCACCAUACCUUACAGCAAAUACACGCAUAUGUAUUCUAACUAAUUCAGAACCAUGUUUCGUAUCACGAAUUGCCAUUACGUUGCAAACAAUAACAAACCCGAGUGGCCCACAAUCAGCUGUUUUAUGUUGACCUCAAGGCGGUUGUUUGGAGCGCAUAGACGACGCAGGGUCUAUGAUAUAUAUACGUCGUUGGGAAGAAAGAAUGUUUGCUGAAGUAGAUGUUUUCAUUAGUAAUUACACCUUAGUAGAUCCAGAGGUGUACCAAUUAUGGGUUGAUGGAUAUUCUUCAUGCGACGCGGUGCAGAUCCUGCACCAGAGGGGCGUGACGCAGCAGAUGGGCGCGAGCCUGGAGCUGGUGGCAUCGGACGUGCUGGACCACUACCGCACCUACAGCCUGCUGGAGCGCCUGCUGCACAACCCCCCCAAGCUGGAGGAGCAGCUCGCCUUCCAGAUAGAGCCCCACGCCAGGAAGCUGCUCAUCGAGAAGUAUUAUGAAUUUGAUAAUGCAGUUAUAAGAGAACUACUUGGGAAGAAGUUGUCGUCACGACAUCGCAAAGACCUGGAUGAAGUGAGUGAGAAGACGGGAAUCCUGUUGAAGUCAUGCAGGAGACAGUUUGACAAUGUCAAGAGGAUAUUCAAAGUGGUUGAGGAAAUGCAGGGCUCAGUGUCCCAGAACAUUCGGACAAACUUCUUGCUAUCAGAAGAGUUAGCCAGGCGCUACGGAGCUAUUGUGUUCCUCGCUUGCAUACGGUUUGAAACGGGCAAGCGGAAGCUGCAGCAUCUCACGUUCCCUGACUUCUACCACUGUGCCCAGGCCAUGAUGGGGUGCUGGACUUACGGCGAGAAUAACUCUGAGUACGACGACACCGAUCUAGAUCGAGAGUUUCUCCUGGAACUGCGAGAUGUCCGUGUUCUACUCGACAAGGAGAAGGAACACAAACACCUGGUGUGCCAGCGUCUGAAGCCACAGCUGCUGGAGCGGUCGUACCAGGAGCUGGACGGCAACUUCAGGUCGUACACGCGGGCCCUGGUGGGGCUGGCCUGCAACUUGCACCGCACGCGCGAGCUGCGCAUGCUCUUCAUGGAGCUGGUGGAGCGCUGCCUGGAGCCGUGGAGGCAGGUCGCCUGGUCCCACUCCGACCUGCGCCACUUCCUCUCCGCCUACUUGCAGUGCGCUCUCGAGAUGGACGUCUUCAGGGAGGGAGACUUGAAGAGUGCUUGGGAGCGUUUCAUGACUGUCAUCACGGCCUGCCUGCUACGGAUGUACCACACGUGAAGCUCUCUGUGUACAGCACUGCAUGGGUGGUGGGAGGUUGGAGUUAUGUACAGUCACAAGGGAAUUUCGUACUUUUUUUUUGUUUAUGUGAGAUUCUUUGCUUGCAUGCAAGAAAUCUCUGUCUGAAAAAAAUUGUAUGAUUGUUAGUAUUUGAGAAAUGAACUAGCAUAUACAUUCUCAUACCAUAUUUAUCCACGUUUUGGAUCACAUUUUAUGUCAAUUUAUAGUUUUAAAAAAUGCAAUGCGGCCCUAAUGAGAGUUUUUCACACUUUGGGUUAAAAACGUGUGUGUGUGUGUGUGUGUGUGUGUGUGUGCGUGUGUAGAGAGCACUAUCUUGACAGGUGUUUAUGAUGUAAUUGUGCCAAAAGAAAAUAGAAGUCUUCUCCUAUGUCUUUUUGUUAGGUAGUGCAUGGGGGGGGGGGGGGGAAUAGGGGUUUUUAGAUUUGGGGGGAUAGAAAGAGAGAGAGAGUGAAGUGUGCCAUCUCAUAACUAGAGACACGGAAAUUUCGCGAAUCGCGAUAUCGCGAAAUAACACCGCAAUUUACCUUAAUUCGCGACAAAACACCGAAAUCGCACAGCAUCGAGAAAUAAAACUGAUAAUAAUGAAUUAGACCACCCAUGCAAGACAUCGCGAAAAACAAGUAAACACGACGUUGACGGCACAUCGCCAUUUUUCUAAGUUUCAACAUGGCCGCUUUGUAGUAAUGAAAGUAAAUAAUGAUUUACAGUAUUCCCGUCACGUAAUCAUUACAAUUUGAAACGAAAGCAGUAAUUGCAAUCAUAAACUAAUUAAAAAGAGAAAAAUGUACCUGAGCAUCAACACAAAGUUAAUAAAAAAUACCGGCGAUGUUUUCAACACAAUAUAGCUGCCAUGAUUUUCAACCCGCUGUAUUUACACAUUAAUCUUGUAGAGAAAUAUAAAAUUUUAAUUCUUCCUUUCAUGUUGAACAGUUAACAACCUCAUGCUUUCAACUACGUUUGACUGGCUUGGCAACCUACUCGUUAGAGCUGUAGGUGUAGCAAACCGUAUGUAUUCGGUACUGACUGAGUAACGGGUGCGCCAUCUAGUAUCGAGUAACGAAACGUUACACACGGCUGGAUUUCGUUACUCGCAUUUUUCGUAUGUUUUACGCAUGCGCGCGCAUAUUCAAUGAAUUUACGUUACAAAGAACGAUGUUUGUUUAUUAAGUAUAAUAUGGAAAUUUGUCGUCCAAGUUUUUUACUGUUUAUAAGAAAGUAUUUUUUACAAAUUAGAAAUAUGUAUGUUUUUGUUAUUUAUUAUCGCGUAUUUUCACGUUUUUUGUUGUUUUUAUCUUAAAAGAGAUAAUAUAAUAAAACCGCUCUAAUGAGAUUUAAUUGUUUCUUGGUUAACAAAAACUGUUAAUUAUCAAAUAUUGUUAAUUGUUUAUAUUCUAUUUAUUAUUAUUUACGUGACGUCAUACUGUACGCGUACGCAAUACGACUCGAUUCGUUGCUGCAACAUAACAUUGCAUGUUAUGCGGUAUCAGAAGUAACGAGUAACGUAGCGACACGAUAGUAACGAGUACUAAUUGUUAUAGUAACGAAUACAUACGGGUACACUUUUUUUCGUUACUUUUACACCUCUACUACUCGUAAACAUGAACACAUGGCACUACGCCGAUUGAUAAGCAAAAUCAGUGACCUUUAACUGCCGUAACUACACUUCUCAGCAAAUGCAAUACGACCGCAGAGCAAGUGAAUACGGCGUCAACGGGACAAAGAACAGCAGCAAGAAAUAUUAAAAGAAUACUAAGUUGAGACAUGCCGUGCCGAGGCAGCGCGCUAGGCUAGGCGGCACCGGGCCGUGCCGAGCUGUUUCAAGCCUACAAUUUUUAUUUGCCAAUAGUGUUGACUUUAGAGUGCAGUAUACGAGUAUACGCCGUGCCACUAUUAUUUAGCCAAGCAAAACUUGUAGGUCAUAAAACCAUUCUCAAAAGUUAAAGUAAACAUGAAAAACCAAAACAGCGAAAUAAAACCGAAAUUUGAUUUUUUCAAAACGAAAUUUAAGGAAAAAUAAAACCAUUUUUACGGGACUCUACUCAUAACUAUCAUCCUAAUAUAAAAAGACAAAGAAAAACAAGGGUCAAUACAACUGCUGUAUUACUUAAAAGCCAGCCGAGACAUGGAACACAAGGAUUCCACUUGUAUUCCUGGAACACUAGUGGUGCGACCCUUAUUCGAAGGCGACAAUUACGAUGAAAAUGUUAGAUUUUUAUGCCUAAUAUUAAAGGUGUGUCCCAUACGUUGUGGCAACUCUUCUGCGGGUAAAUAUGGUAAUUGUAAUUUAUAGUCAUACUCUGCAAGUUAUUUACACAAGUGUACACAGUAAAAUUGUAGUAAGUAGUGUACAGAAAUAUUAAUCAAUAGGAAAUAAGAAAAGGGAAGAGCAUUUAAUUGAUUUUAUAUUUAUUUACAUUUGCCUGAAAAAAUUCUUAUGAUUAUAUCAGAAGUUCAAGUCUUAUGAAAGCAGGACUGUUUUUAUUCUUGAGUACUGUGUUUUCUCGCAUAAUUGUCGCACAUGUUAUUCUAAAAUGAAGUUUCAAAUGUAGGGGCGCGACGAUUAUGCAGAAAAAAUUUUUUUUGUUAGGUAAAGUAUUCAUAAAAACGAAACCCAUGCAUGGAAAGUACGUUUAUUUACAAAGUAAACUAUAAAAGAGCACGCCAAACAAUUUAAUUUAAUAAGUCAUGCAACAAAAACCUUUCUUCAACAUUAAAUAGAAAAACAAAUUCUGUGAUCCAAAUGCAAGCCGAACGAACGUGUAACUACCGUAGUAAACACCACGAGAGUGCGGGAUAUCAAAUGUAGUUAACUCUGUACCGGAUAGAGAGAGCGCGUUGCAUACAAUCGGCGAGAUAUCUAUAUUCGACUACGUGUGUGCGCUCUAUACGGGAAGCAACAUAACCAAACAGUAAUUGCGAGCGCUGGCUACAUUUUUGUAAGCGAUACACCACGGCGACGCAGACGAACAGAUCAUGGUUGAUGGUUAUAAUGUUUAAAAAGACUUUAAAAGAAAAUUUACACUUCAAACAGCUUCGUAUUAUCAUUAUUUAAAUUAGUACGCGGUAAUUUCUGAUUAAAUAUUAUAUUUAUGCUACAUACGGAAAAUAUACCUACAAUCGGAAAGAUAGUGAUAUUCGACUACGUGUGCGAGCUCUAUACGGGAAGCAAUAUAACCAAACAGUAAUGAUUGCAAUGAGCACUGGCUACAUUUUUGUAAGCGGUACACUGAGGCGAUGCAGAUGAACAGUGAAGGUUAUGACGUUUAAAAAGUCCUUAAAAGAAAAUUUACACAUCAGACAGCUUCGUAUUUCCGUUAUUUAAAUAAGUAUGCUGUAAUUUCGGAAUAAAUAAAUUUAUACUUUAAAAUACAUUGUUUUAUACGGAAAAGAUACCUACACAAAGUGCUCGGCAUCUAAUAGCAGGACCAAAAACAUCAUAUGACGUUUACACAAGAGUUUUUUUUUUUUUUUUUUUCCAAAUUAUGACGCCCUAAAAUAUGGGUGCGACGAUUAUGCGAGUGCGACAAUUAUGCUAUAAAAGAGGGUAUAUAUGUCAUCAAAUUGUCUGUACUAAUGGUGAUUGUGUGCAUAUUACUUAUCUCUGAUUUUAUAUUGUGUUACUUUUUACUUAUUAUUUAUUAUGUAUUACAUUAUAUUUUAAAUAUUCAGUUGUGUUGAUCGGUUGACUAGCAAUCGCAGUGUGAAAUUGGCCAAUAUUACCUUAAUUUAGGCUUGUUUUUGCUGUAGCAGAAAUUUUGGUUCAUGUAGUAACUAUCAUGUGUGAAAUUUAACUUGUUUUGGUGCUAUCAAUUAUAUGGUCAGAUAAAUAGGUGUCAAAGUUGUAAUUAUACAGUGCUUUAAUUAUUUUAAGUUUAUUUCAAAAUGCAACAUGUUGAUUACAAGUGUUUCUAUUGUAUCUGAUAAAUUAGAUAUGACUUUUUUCUUAAAGUUUCUUUACAUGUUAUUUUUUUUAUAUUAUGCUUUAAAAAAAAUACUACUUGAAAAUUAUACAGUAUACCAGUAUAGACUAUUUUAAUACAAUUACACUAACUGAUAAAGACUGAAUUCAACUUAGUGAAUACAAAAUUGUACCAAGAGCUUAUGAGCAUGGGAGUCAGUUUUAGACAUCUGUGAUGGGAAUUUUACAUUGUAUCAAUCAAAUAUUUAGCUCUGAUUAAAAUGUUUUUACAACUUGCAAUACACCCAAUAAUGUCCUCAAAUUAAGUAAAGUAAAAAAAAAAAACUUUAAAUUGAUCCUAUAUGUGACAGCUAAAAAACAUAUGAUUGUUUACAAGUUACGACUAAUGAGACAUACUUCAACACAUAGGUGUAUUUUCGGUUAAAGUGGAAUACCAGAGUGGUGUAUUUUCGGUUAAAGUGGAAUACCAGAGUGGUGUAUUUUCGGUUAAAGUGGAAUACCAGAGGUGCAGCUGGAAUACUGUAAUCAAAUAAGCAAUAAAGACUGUGACAGCGUAACAUGCAGCA